CAAGGACUUAACUACAAAAAUGAAAUUGCACGUCUAAGAUGUUCCACAUGAAUGAAGCAUAUCAAGGUAUCCUUUGUAGAAAAAAUCCAGCAGCAACUCUGUAAACUCACCAUCACUAUCAUGCUGACUUUCCUCUGGACCUCUGAUACUCUCCCCAUAAAGACUGCAGGAGUGUCAGGAAGUGGUGCUGAGCUGGCAACAGUAUAUACCAUCCCAGAGGAGGCUAAGUUCAGUAAGUGAGAGAUGACAGAGCGGAUGCGCUGCCUGUGUUAGUGGAGCAACAGAACUCCAACAGUGAUGUAAAUUAUUGGAACAGUGUUCAUCUAAGGAAUUGCAGACAGACAAAACAGCUCUGAGGAAAUGCAUCCCUGUCAAAGACUGUUUCAGCUGAGGCUUGAACAACAGCAGAAGUAAAAACCAGAGUAAUCUGGUGAGGAGGAAAGCAAGCUGGAACCACUGUAUUGUAAGGAAGAGGUUUACUCAUUCUGCCCAGAGGCUGAACCAGCAGAGACAGCAAAGCCGGUGUGAUUCAUUGAAUGAAGACAGUGGACAAUUACCAGCAACUUGGUCACGUUUUGCCCUGGAUAGCCUAAGCUGAAACUACUAGCUGAAAAUGACACAGCAAAUGCACAACUUAAGUCUCCUCCAGACUAAAAAGAACAGCGUGCCAUCCUCUCCAAAUGCUGCAAAGCGGUUAUAUCGGAAUCUGUCAGAGAAGCUUAAGGGGAGUCAUACGUCCUUUGAUGAAGCAUACUUCAGAGCUCGAUCUGACCGACUCAGUCUCCGUAAGACCUCAAUGAAUUUCCAGUGCAAUGAAGCUAUGUUUGAGGCCGUAGAACAGCAAGAUCUGGAUGCUGUUCAGAUUCUUCUUUAUCAAUACACUCUGGAGGAACUGGACCUGAACACACCAAACAGUGAGGGACUAACUCCUUUGGAUAUUGCCAUUUUGACAAACAACGUUCCUAUUGCUAGGACCCUUCUACACGUUGGGGCAAAGGAAAGCCCACACUUUGUUAACAUGGAAAGCAGGUCAGUGCAUCUGAGUACAUUGGUCCAGGAAGCACAGCAGCGAGUUACUGAAUUAUCUGCUCAAGUGAUGAAUGAAGGCCUUGGUACAGACAACACAGAAAAAGAGAAGCAACUAAAAGCGUGGGAGUGGAGAUACAGGCUAUACAAGCGCAUGAAGGCAGGCUACGAGCAUGCUAGAGCCCCUGAGGCGCCAACCAAUGUCUGUCUCAUGGUAACAAGCAGUACAUCACUCACUGUCACCUUCCAAGAACCUCUGAGUGUCAACUCAGCUGUGGUGACCAAGUAUAAAGUGGAAUGGAGCUCUUCAGAAGACUUCUCUCCUUUGGUUGGUGAAAUAAUUAUGGAUAAUCUUCAGUAUUUGAGGUGCACCAUCACAGGUCUCAGAACAGGCCAGAGGUAUUAUAUCCAUGUUUCAGCAUACAACAUGAGAGGAUGGGGACCUCCACGCAAAUCUACUCCUGCAUAUGCUUCUCCUUCAAACUGGAAAGACUGCAGUGGAAGAGAACCUCGGCACAGGGGACACACUGAGGCCCUGGAACGUCUCCUUCAGCAGGUUCGAGCAGCUCAUCAGCAUUAUAAUUGCAGAGAAAGUUCUAAAUUACAGAAUGCUGGUCGCAAACAAUCAGUUUCCAGAAGCCUGAAGCACCUUUUCCACUCAUCGAACAAGUUUGUGAAGACUCUGAAACGGGGACUCUACUUAUCUGUUAUAUUUUUUUACAAAGACAAUUUAUUAGUCACCAAUGAAGAUCAAAUCCCAAUUGUGGAAAUUGAUGACUCUCACAGUAGUUCAGUUAUGCAGGAUUUCCUGUGGUUCACAAAGUUGUCCUGCAUGUGGGAUGAUAUCAGAUGGCUGAGGCAGAAUAUGUCUAUAUCUGUGUCCUCAUCAACAGCACUUCAAGCCAGGCAAAAGAUGCUCUCAGCGGCAGCACAGCUACAGAAUUUGCUGGGAACUCACAACUUAGGCAGAGUUUUUUAUGAGCCAAUCAAGGAUCGACAUGGCAAUAUGCUGAUAGUUACUAUAAGAGAAGUGGAGAGUCUUUAUUCAUUUUUUAAUGGCAAAUGGAUGCAGGUAUCCAAACUACAAAGCCAGAGGAAAUCCCUUUCAACUCCAGAGGAGCCAACAGCAUUAGACAUCUUGCUUAUAACAAUCCAGGACAUUCUUUCCUAUCACAAACGAAGUCAGCAACGCCUCCCUCCUGGCUUGUAUCUGGGUUACCUUAAACUCUGCAGUUCUGUGGAUCAAAUCAAAGUGCUUGUGUUGCAGAAGUUGCCUAAUGUCCUGUGUCAUGUUAAAAUCCGAGACAACAGCAAUGUCUCCAAAGAUGAGUGGGAAUGGAUCCAAACACUUUCUGGCUCGGAAUCUGUGGAAAGUAUGGAUCAUACUUCAGACUGCCCUACUCAAUUGUUCUUGUAUGAGCUCCAGAUGGCAGUGAAAGCUCUCCUUAAACAGAUCAAUCUACCUCUGCAUCAGGCUAAGCACUUCCGUCUGUAUACACAGGAGGUGUUGGAACUGGGUCACAAUGUCUCCUUUCUUCUCCUGCUCCCCGCCUCAGACGACGUCUGCACUGCCCCAGGACAGAAUAAUCCUUACACCCCGCACUCAGGAUUUCUUAACCUCCCUCUUCAGAUGUUUGAACUCGUUCAUUUUUGCUGUUAUAAGGAAAAAUUUAUAAGCCUGUAUUGCCGCCUUUCUGCUGUCAUAGAGCUGGACUCUCUGAAAACCCAGCAAUCCCUAAGGGAAGCAAUUUCAGACAGUGAAGUCGCUGCAGCCAAACAAAGACACCAGCAAGUUAUAGACUACAUACAGCAAAUUGAUGAGAUCUGGAGGAAAAUGAGAUGGAUCACAGAAGCACUGCAGUAUGCACGAUACAAGCAGCCAGCAGCUGGCCUACCCAUAAAGAAGCUUGUGGAUCUUUCAGAAGAACACUCUCAAAAGAAAAUCAGUUCCACCUCUUCACAUAUUGAUUGUCUUCCUUCACCUCCCCCUUCGCCUGAGGCUAGAAUCCAGAGGAGAAAAGCUGUGACUGAUUCCCAGCCCUGCUCAGAUGAAGAAGGCUGCUCUGAAGUAUUCCUUCCAACUGACAGUGACUAUGACUCCAGUGAUGCGCUAAGCCCCAGAGAAUUAGACCUGAUUUACUCCUCCUCACAUGACAUAUCCCAGCAGGCAGGCAGUGGCCUGGGUGGGAGUGCACCUGAUGUUCUCCAAGUCCAUGACAUGAAGCCUUGCCUAACACUGAAAGAAGGCCUGGCAGAGCACAGUGCCUUUGAUACUAAUGCUGAAUAUUGCACAGAGUAUAUGAGCAAUCUAACAAUGUCAGGGCUUACAUCGAAAAGCAUAGACAAGUCCUCUAGCUCCAAGCAGCCAUUGAGCUUUUUAGGGAAAAAAAAGCUAGGGAAACAUCAGCAUUACAACUACUUCAGCCGGCAUCAUCGUUGGCUGCGUGUGCACAGCGAGACGCAGUCUGGCUCUCUGUCUGAAGGCGUGUAUACUCAGCAUCUCAUGAGAUCUUCAGAUUUGUCUCAAGAACCUACCUCCAGUGAGCAGUUAAAGAUACCCAUCGAUGGGUCUCGGAGCACUUUCUUACCUCAUGCAUCCAGCCUUCCAGAAGAUGGGAAAGGCAAGUAUGAGGAAUCAAGGCAGGAUGUCCAUAGGAUACAUGUGGAGCCUUAUAAAGCAACAUUUCUGGGUGAAGAGGGCACGUCCUGGGCAAUGAGCACACAGUCUGUAGAACACAGGGAUGUGCACAAUGCUAUGCAACAGAUAAUGGGUCCAGAUGACCAGUCGGGUUCUGCUGUCUCAGAAGUCUUCAGCAGCACACUUUAACCCCAGACUUCUGCAUUGCUUCCCAUUGCUCCACAAGACGAUAGCGAGCAUUAUGCAUAUAGGGCUGUACUUUCAAAACCACCUGUAAAACUCCAGCUCCUGAAAUGGCAAUUCGUGCCACUCAAGAGAGUCCUAAUCUUUUGACUUCAUUGCCAGAUUUCUGGUCUUACAGGGGUAUGUCAUGAUGCAAGUAGUAUUCUUGGCAUCUGCAGUUUUGCAGGUAGAGUCGUAAUAGUCACCACAUAACAGAACAACCUGUGGCUGCAAAUCAAGUAAUCAGGUUUUGCAGUUCUCUUGAUUUCCAUAUAUCUCUAAGCAUGCAAAAUUUUAAGCAUGAGUGGUUCUGCCUGCAAAUUAGCAGAAACUGUAACAUCCUUGGUGUCGUCAUGUUAGGACUGUGUCCUAAACUUCUAUUAACCUGGUUUCCACCAUUUCCUAGAAUUUUUUUCUGCUUCUUGAAUGGAUUUAGGUUGCAUAUAACUAAAGUGCUAACUGGUCUAGUAACGCAGUUAACCCAGAGUUUCUGGCCACUGACACAGAAAUGUAAAUUCUUUCAAUAUCUAGAAAAUGCAGUCAACACCAUCUCUGAAUGCUGUCAGAGCCUGACAUAAUUAUCACAAUGAUUUUUUUUUCAGGAGCUUAAAUUUCAAAUUAUAGCAAGUUAUUGUAAAAGCUUAGGAAGUGAACCUUUGAGGUCAAGAGCAGGCAGAAUGAGGCCAAGUUCUAAAGGAAUAAUAUGCAGGGUCUAAGUGAGAUUGAAGCAAAGCUUGGUCUUUUCUGCUGUCCACCACACAAAAGCAUAUUUCUUUAUGUUGGAGACACUCUCGUACACCCAUUGGAAAGAAAUGCCCCUACUUUUCUUCCUGAAUAUUCACUGUAAACUUCAGGGGUAUUUGAUCACCAUGUCUGAAAUUGGGAUAUUCUGGCAAUUCAGAUUAGGGAAAUUUGGGGUGCAGUGUGAAUCCAAGAUUUUUUAUUUGGGCCACCAAAUUAUUAAAGUCAUAAGGAGGGUGGGAGGUGGUGUUUAGCAUGCUGUAUUUGUCUAAAGGCAGAUCACAAUGAGUCAGGUUUUUGUUCUUUGCAACCAGAAAAGACUUACAGUACUACAGAAGAUGAUCUCAAAAAUGAAAUCUCUAUUAAAGAGAACCAUAACAUUUGAGUCACUAAGAAAUGAACUAAUGUGGAGAGAAACCCCAGCUGUUGCACAAGCUUUAAUUUUUCUUAAACAGUUCUUGAAGUUUAAUUUUAUAGGCCACAUUCCUGCUGGUUAAAUUCCCUCACUCCAUGUUUGCGCAGCCUUCUACCUUUCAAUUUUUCAGCCUCCAGGUGGAUACAUUCUAAGGCCUCCAAUAAAGAGAUUUGAGUUAAAUAGCUGAGUUUACAAGUCCUUGAGGUAAAGGUAAGGAUUUGGGCCCAUGAUCUGUGGUCCUUAUUAAAAUAGCACUUCCAUAACCCCAGUGCUAUUAAAAUCCCUGUGAACUCAAUCCAUAAAUUCAAAAAUAAAUGUUAUUCACUAUUUUAUGCUUGGUCAGUAUGUGGAAGCCAAGAAGAGUCUUUGCAGUGAUAUACGGGCAAAAACUUUCUAAAAGGGAUUUACAUUUGUAACUUCUCUUUUGGGGAGAGGGAAGUUAACUUUAUGCACCAAAAAAAUACUCAUUCAUUCCCUGAUCCAAAGCUCAGUGAGGAUGGAAAGACUUCCAUCCACAGGCUUUGAAUGAGACCCAUACUGAAAAUUCGUGUGGGUGAGAAGAUGCAGGGAGGAGCAGAAGAGUCAGUGCCAAUUUGCAGCUAGAAGGACAUACAUUGUAGGUUUUAUGCCACAUGGAAUUGCAUGGGGAAAGCCUGACUCACAAACCACAGAACCAAACAGUCAUGUUUUACUGUCACUGAAGGCAGUAACAGCUUGUUACAUUGGAUUAUGUUUGUUAGCAGAAGGCUUUUUACCAGGGAGAGCCAGAACAAUGUAAUGCUCAUAUUCAGAAGUCAAAAUAAUUUACAUUGUUUUCUAGUAUACAGCACCUAGCCUGGGCUUCCCUAAUCUGUUUAGCCUCUAAGAAAAACUACCAUAAAACUGUCUAUUAAAGAAUAAAAAUAACAAUAUGCUGAGGCCGUAUGUUUUUGCAGGAAGGGACAAGAUAAAACAAGAUGUUCCUAAAUGAAACCUGCUUUGCUUUGCUUUGGUUCUUCAGGAACAGGGAGGGCAAGAAGUAGCAAGAUGUACAGCAGAACAGGUACACACUGCUGGUUAGAUGAGGAUGUAAAAAUCUCUGUUACCUACUCCUGCUGCUGGACUUCUCCAGAAGUAGUCAUGUAUCUAAUAAAGAGCUGGAUUCUUUACUGGUAGAAAGGGCUUGACUUAAUCAUAACCUUCCAUGCUAAGAUGGAAUUUGACUCUGGGAGUGCAAAUGCCACCCACAAUCUACCCCAUCUUGAUUUUAACCUUGUUAUAUGGAAGUAGUGUUUACAUGAUGGCCAAUGGGGCAUGCUUCCUUGAUGCUAUGACUUCUAGAUUGAAGUUCUUCCACAUACUUUAAUAGUCAAAGUAGUAAUUGAUAGUUCUGAUUUUAAAUACUUCUGGUUGUAAAGCACUGAAUUAUCUUUUGGUAGAAAUACGUGUUCUUUGUUCAAAAUUACUAUCCCUACCUAUUCAAGUGGGUGACUAAAGCAGCUCCUUAAAAGAAUAGUAAUGAACACCCAGAGAUAAAUAAGUAGUAGAAAGCAGUGCCUUUCAAGUACUGUCAUAAUACUAAUCAUAAUACUUCUACAGUUCUCUUAGGAAGAUCACCCACACAUUUCACAAGCAACUAGAGCAAUUCAGAAGAAUCCAGCAAAAUACAGCACCAUUAUCCCUGCUCCAUAAAAGCAUGAGCGACUCUUCUGAGUAGAGCUUAGAGUAAAGGCUCACAGUCAGGAAUCAGAUUAAAAUUAGGAACUCAGACCUUUGCUUUAAUUACUAGGAAUCCUUUCUCCAGGUUGAGCUAGAGUGCCCCUCCAAGGAUUCUUGCACAGAAAUGUGAAAUGCUGUGGCUCAGAGCACGCAGCAUACUACAAUUUCAUUAGCCAGCAGACACUCCCUCAGAUGAGUCUGCACCCACUUGUAUCAGCUGAAGCUCUGCUCUAAAAUGGGUACUGAGCCUUUGCAAACUUCUGGUUCUCUCUCUCUCUUACUUAUGUAUCUUGCCACAGAACCUUUGUCCUGCAUUUUCCAGGGAGUAUAUUUUCACCUGGGCUGAACCCAGUCCCUUCUAUUUCUAGGCAUUACUUGGACUGGCCAGAAAAGAAUAUAGUGCUUUAAUAUCAUGACUCCACAGAAACAAACAAACAAACUAAAAAAACCCACCAGGUACCAUAUAUCCUACGGUCUAAAACUUUCCUGUUUCUGCUAGUAGGAAAUGAGAUAUAGGUAAACUGCAAGGUUUACACUCAAAAUUCCUUGCAUCCACAAGAAGGCAGUCUGCCCAUGGACAGUUUGCCUCAAGAAACCUGUGGCUCAAGCAUUUACUUCCCAUGCUUCUAUUAUUGUUUUUCUUUGCCUUUAGAUAUCAAUUAACAACUGGAUUUUCUAUACAGUAAGAGCACACACAGAGAAAUAUAGAAAUUAAUAUUUUAAAAUACAGAUGGAGGGGGGGAGAGAUGGAAUAUUUUAUCCUGAACAUUUAUGUUCAGAGUGUUUUGGAAAGAGAUGGUGCAUCUUUAAAUUCUCUAUGGUAUAAAGAAAUGCAUUAAGUUGCUGGUCAACUCUUUUAAGGUGUUUAAAUGCAUGGCUCAUGACUGUUAUGUAAAACUUCAAUACAGCCUUACAAACAACAAGGGUAUAGUGUAUUUGAAAAUAUGGUAUACAGCUUGGAAACUUACUCUGAAUUUCUCUGAGGUGUUGAACUUUGCCAUCAGCAAAAAGUAUUUUUAGUAAAGAGGCCUUGAAUUUUCAGACAACGGUUGGGUCUCUGAUUUUUCCACUACAGAAAAACAUUAAAUAGCUAGAAUGCUUUAUUUGUAAGUAUAAUUUAUCUUCUGAUUCCAAGAAGUAGAAUUCAUAAGGCUAAAUCACGCCCAGAAGUGAGAAGCACAGCUGUCGGCCCAGCAUAUUCUUUGCAAAACCCAAGGGCAACAUUCCCUAAGGAACCCUGGAAGCAUGCUUUGGCCAGGGGUUCGCCCCUCUUUUGUGCAGGCACCCACUACAGCCCUCUCUUCUUUCUGCUAAGUAAGUGUUUGCAAAGUCGUUAUAGUCAUUUUGUUCAUUUGGCUUUGGAGUAGGCCCCAUAGAGUGCUGGAAGCUGUACAGAUCCUACCGGCUCAGAGAUCCUCUCUCUUCAGUAUUGGUGUUUAUGAGCUCUUGCCCAGCUAGCUGGCUCAUGCUGGGCUUUUGGGGUGAAAGAAGAGCCGGGCUAGAACACCUUCCUCAGCCUUUUCAUACUACAGCAUCUUGGGCGAGAUUUAGCCUUUAAACCAGUCAUCCUAUGAUAGGGUAAUGUGUUACUAAGCUUGUCUGUCCCUAGGCUACAGAAAACCUCUGAUUUUGCUGGUCAAACAGUAAGACUAGAUUUUUUAUGUUUAUUGUUAUUUUCAUUUUCUUUCUUGGGAAAGCUAUGUGAAAUUGGUCUAACAUUAGAGAAAGUGAUUGGUGUAGCACUAAUCUACCUUAUUACUGUGAACUGCAGUAAUUUAUUAAGCAGAUUUUAAGCUAAACGCACAGACUUUGUGUUUUACUUUAUAUAAAGGUCAGUUUGGGCCCAAUCCUGCUGUCCUCGGACCUCAUUCCAGGUUCUUUUGCACCACUGUAAAUCAAGAGUGGUCCCACUGAAGCUGAGGCAGGUAUUGCCUUGUGUAAGUCAGCAUCCACUCGCUCACAAGGCUGGCUCGAUACCAGCUGAGGAUCUGGAUCAGUGGAGUCAUCAUGAAAGCAAUGCAUUUAUGCCAUUGUAAAAAAUGAUACGUGUAGGGAAGACAAAAGGUGGUUUAUCUCAUGGAAUAUUCCCCUAGAGGUCACAGGGCCAUUGUCGGAGCCAGGCUCAGAGAGCGAGCCCACCAUGCUGCUGUGUUCCCAGUUCCCAGUUGUACUGGGGGGGGAAAUGCAUCCUGUGUAAUAUAUUGCUUCGUUUUAUAAUAGGGACCAAAUUUCUCUCCCAAAUUAUGCAAAUGAAUCCACUACUGAAUGCAAUGGGAGUUCCAAUAAUUUCACUGAUAAAAACGAAGACUGGUUAGAGUUACUGGGGGCUUGGGGGAGGGGAAGAGGGGUUGUUUGGUUUUUUCCCCUCAGAGAAAAAGUAAUUUAAGUGAAAUGUGCAAGGCAGUGUUUAAUUGCUUCCUGCCUUGUUUGUACAUAGCAAUUUGGCUGUUUAUUGGUUGUCUUUGUUCAGAUUUUUAUUGUAACUUGUUGCUAUAUAUGCAACCAAGCAUAUGUUAAAGUUUAAACUUUGGUACAUAAUAAUGCACAAUUUUAUGUGCUUUAAAACUUUGUAAAUAUAUAGAUGAACAAUGUAUGCUGUGCUAACUGUGAUCUUGGGACUUGACACAACAAUAUUUUCAUGCAUAUGUACCUGCAAAUGGUUUGAAAAUAGCAAAAUAUAUAUUGAGGAUGGCCAUGAGCCAAGAGUAAAUGAGUGCCGUAUGACUCAUGCUUCUUUAAUAAUUCCUGAAAGAGGCAUGUAUAGUACAUAAAAUAGACAAUAAAAAUAAUUUUCAAGACUACAAAUAUUUUUUAUAACUUCAGAUAUUAAAUACUAUUUUAGAAAAAAGAUUGGUUGGUAAAAGAAAUCUUAGGUUUAUUCAAGUGAAUCAUUGUCAUAAAAAUGUUCUUAACAUAGAUUUUUUGUUUGAUCUAAUAUCAUAGAAACCUAGCUCUUUUAAGAUUUAGAAGACUUGAAGUGCUCUUGCAUUCUUACAACUCUUGUGAUCUUCUAAAAUUAUGCACUUCAAGUCUUCUCCCUCAUUAACAAAAAAUGCUAGUGUAUGCAUUCAUAUAAACCUAAAUACCAGCUGUACUUGUGUAUGAUCUUUAAACUGCAUUUUUUGAAAUAUCUUUUAUCUGACCAUCAUCAGGUACCCACGUACGUGAGCUUUACAAUCCGUGGAAAUCUGAACGUAAUUUGUGUUUUUCUCUGAAUUCUUUUCUUUUUAUUGGAAAGUGACUUUUUCUAAGGCCAAGCUUUCAAAUAUGGUCUCCAAAUUUUUAUUUUGGUCUACCUAUUCAGAAACCUAAAUGAAAUAGGCAUGGCUUCCAGAGCUUGUGGGUAAAAAUAACCUCCCACCAAUGUCAACAGAGAUGGAAAUUCAAUUUAUAUAAAUGUAAAUGCCUUAAUGCAGAAGUGAUACCUGGGUAGUCAGAUUCGAAGUGGCAUCUUUCUAAUCCGUGUGUUAGCACUGCAGAAGUUGCUGCCAUACAAGCAUCUUUGCGUCCAAGCAGUGAACAGCAUAAAAACCUCGCGGGCUGACAGACUGAGCCCUCUUUCUCCAGGCCCGGGGCUGUCGUGCAGGCUCUGCAGAUUCCAGCUAUGUAUUUACAGUGACAGCCAGACAGAAUCCCCUGUGCAUUUCUGGUGUGAAUCCAUGCUUUCAAGCCACGAUGUAAACAUACUGUAUUGUGGGUAUGUAUAAUGUGCUUGUAGCUGAGAAACACCCCAGACAUUAGCUGCUGAGGGAAUUAUCUUAUAAAAGUGAAACACACUCUCCUGUUGUGAUUCCUCUGUUUUUUCACAUAUUCCUGUACACAGAAAAGCAUGGCAACAUUGCUAAUGUCAUAUAAAAUUUGGUUACUGUAUUUAAGCGAGAAAAAUAAGAACAACUCCAUUUUGAAUGCUGACAUGAAACUGGAAGGAUUCUGCUUUGGGUCACUGUUUCCCUUGUUUCAAGGAAGGACAGGUUGCUAAAUGCUGUCUGAGCCUCUCAACAUUCCGUGUGCUGUUCUCCCUUCUGUACAGAUAAUGCCACAAUUGAAAUAAGUGACAUGCCCAAGGUCACACAGAGAGCUUAUGACAGAGCAGGGAUGCAAUUUUCUGGCUAGCAUCCUUACAACAUCAUCAGUCGAUUAUCCAUAGCUUGUGCACAAGUAUAUAAGGUAAUGUAAAUGUUAACAAAUGUCUGUAUUUCAGCCAUGACAUGCCAACUCAUUGCAAGCUUCAGAAUAACAGCAUCUUACUGGAGUAUCUGUGGAUAUUUUCACACAUGGGAAAUAUUUUAACCAAAAUGCAGCCAAAGUGGAAUUAAGAAGCAGAGCAAAAUAAUUCUUAAAAUGUAAGAUAAAACGUGACUGUCAGUCAUUUCUGCUUCCUCGAUUUUUAAUUUCAAAACAUUAAGAUUGUUACCGCAUUGACUAAGUUAGUAAAAGAAAAAAACAAACGCGAGGAAUUAGUCAUGUACAGUAACCUCAGAAAUUAACUAGAAAAAACACCGUGAGACAAAGGAGGAUUUUUGUGUGCAUGUACUUACAUUACUGUGGUGCAUUGCUGCAUGUACCAUGCAUUUUUAGGGCCUGGUUGUUUGUAUGUUUUGCUUGCCCCAAGCUGAGAUCUCUUCUUCAUGUAAGAAGAUAAGUAGGUGACCGGUGCAAUUCUUACAGACCUUUAUUACAUGUUUGCCAUGGUUUCUCGAAGGACAGUGCUGUUUUAUAAUUGCCUCUGUGUUCUAUGCUGUUUUACUGAAAUGCUUUUAAACCAACUGGAAAGAAGUUAACAAACUCUUCUAGGCAUGUUUUUGACUCGCUCUUCUGACAACAAAAGAUAACCAUUUCGCUGUUCCACUCAAGUGUAUUAACUUAUAUAAGCUGUCAUCUCUCUGAGCAAACUAUUAACUUAUUUUUUAAUUCUGUCUUUAAAUAAAAGCUUUGAGUUUGAUUUGGUUUUUUUGUUUGGUUUGCAAACACACAAAAAAUCUUUAAUAAGCUUUGCUGUUCUGUCCUCCAGACUGCUGUUUUCAAACUCUCUUUUCAAACGAAUAUGUGUUCAUUUAGA